CGCCAGGAGCCGAGCCGGUGCCAGCCCGGCCCCAGGGCCCUUCAGCCCCCCCCUGCCCGCGUCCCCUCGGGCAGGAGCGGUGCCCGGCCGUGGGCGAGUCGCAGGGGUUCAUCCCGAAGGGUUAACUGGAAUAAAUUAUUAAUAGCCGUCGCUUUUUAAACAAAACUGCGUUAAUUUAGAGAAGGAUCACCAACGAGAGGCAAAUAGAGAGUAUGGAGUUAAUUCGAGGCUAAUUUAUUUAGUCUACAGUAAAAUAUGAACCUAUUGACUUUAACACUAUUUUUCUGCUGUUAACUCUGAGUCUAGAUUUGAGGGUUUUCUGUGGAAUAAAAAAUAAGAAAUCAUGUACAUGUUCCCUUUAAUAUCCUGUCCCCAUGCCCUCCUCUGCCUGGGCCACUCGCCCCUCCUCCCCCCAGGGACUGCCUUUGGGCGACUUUAAAAGCCCAGGGGCCCUUCUCCCAGCGUAGGUGUGAGCUUUAACCCCCCAGGACUAGCCCUGAACGCCACCCCUCGCACCUCUGCAGCGCCUGCGCCCGGCCCGGGGCUCCCCCAGCCUGCCCUGCCCCAGGGACGUGCCGGGGGCGGACGGGGGGAGAGGAGUCAACACUUUCUCUCAGCUUUCAUCCCCGUGCUGUGCUUCCUUCCCCCUGCCGAGGGUCUCUGCUGCAGCUUGUCGCUUUCACCAGCACUGGAUUCAUCUGCCCACACAAUGGUCUUCAGCAAGUCGAGAUGUCAAAGUCUGGUGAGGUCAAUGAACACUGACCCAAUGCUUGUCUGAAAGAAGGUGCUGUAAAACAAGCAGAAAGCCAGCUGGAAAGCCCUCGUGCUGUGUCCUGGUACGGGAGGGGAAGAAAAUAGUGCAUUUGUGAUCAAAAAGAGGCAACUUGAACUGUGCUGGUGUUCCUAGUAAACGCUGGUGGAAGUGCUGGGAUGGGAGGCUGGGCGCAGCCACAGAGCUCUGCCCACAGCCCCAGCGUGAGCGCUGCCCGGACGCCUUAGAGGGAAGGACUGAGCAGGAGCAGCCCUCCUGUGCCAGACACCGGGUGCAGUAGCCCGGCCAGUCGCUCUGAAGCCAGAGGCAGCACAUGUCGGCAGCCAGAGCACACGGGCUGCUGUGCAGAGGCCGCCUGUCCCCCCCGCCUGGGAAGUGCAGAUGCAGAGCAGGGCGCGCUCUGCCACCCUCAGCCCAGGCGGCGACUGGAGACAGCGACAACCACCAGCAAACGCAGCAGCAUGUCUCCAGAGACGAGUACUCCCUCGCCAGAGCCUCAGGCACCAGGUUCCUGCCAUCAGCCUGGCUGCUGCCCGGGCCUACAGCACACAGGCAGCCCAGGACAAGGAGGAGGAGCCCCUGCACAGCAUCAUCAGCAACACGGAGAACGUCAAAGGUGCAGCCUCUAAACAUGAGUUUCAGGCUGAGACAAAGAAGCUGCUGGACAUUGUUGCCCGUUCCUUGUACUCAGAGAAGGAGGUGUUCAUCCGGGAGCUGAUCUCCAACGGCAGCGACGCGCUGGAGAAGCUGCGGCACCGGCUGGUGGCAGAGGGAAAGGCCUUGCCAGAGAUGGAGAUCCACCUGCAGACAGACAGUGGGAAGGGAACCAUCACUAUCCAGGACACAGGUAUUGGGAUGACCCAGGAGGAGCUGGUCUCAAACCUCGGUACCAUUGCUCGCUCAGGCUCGAAGGCUUUUCUAGAUGCUCUGCAGAGCCAAGCUGAAGCCAGCAGUAAGAUCAUUGGCCAGUUUGGAGUGGGUUUCUACUCGGCCUUCAUGGUGGCUGAUAAAGUGGAGGUGUUCUCCCAGUCUGCAGAGCCAGGCAGCCCAGGCUACCACUGGUCCUCGGAUGGUUCAGGAAUGUUUGAGAUUGCAGAGGCAUCUGGUGUCAGAACUGGGACUAAGAUUAUUAUACAUCUCAAAGAAGAGUGCAAGGAGUUUGCAAAUGAAGACCGAGUCAAGGAGGUGGUGACAAAAUACAGCAACUUCAUCAGCUUCCCACUGUACCUCAAUGGGAGGAGAAUCAACACACUGCAGGCCCUCUGGAUGCUGGACCCCAAGGACAUCGGCGAGUGGCAGCACGAGGAGUUCUACCGCUUCGUGGCCCAGGCCCACGACAGGCCCCGCUACGUCCUGCACUACAGGGCUGACGCUCCCCUCAACAUCCGCAGCAUCUUCUAUGUGCCUGAGCAGAAACCAUCCGUGUUUGACAUCAGCAGGGAGCUGGGCUCCAGCGUCGCCCUCUACAGCCGCAAAAUCCUCAUCCAGACCAAAGCUGCAGACAUCCUGCCCAAGUGGCUGCGUUUCCUGAGAGGCGUUGUGGAUAGUGAGGACAUACCCCUGAACCUCAGCAGGGAGCUGCUGCAGGAGAGUGCCCUUAUCAGGAAGCUCCGAGAUGUUUUGCAGAAGAGGUUAAUCAAGUUCUUCAUUGACCAGAGCAAGAAGGACCCCGAGAAAUACGCCAAAUUCUUUGAGGACUACGGGGUGUUCGUGAGAGAGGGGAUCGUCACAGCAGCAGAGCAGGACGUCAAGGAGGACAUUGCGAAGCUGCUGCUGUACGAGUCGUCGGCGCUGCCGGCGGGGCAGCUGACCAGCCUGGCUGCCUACGCGUCCCGCAUGCGCCCCGGCACCAGGAACAUCUACUACCUGUGUGCGCCCAGCCGCCACCUGGCUCAGCACUCCCCCUACUUCGAGGCCAUGAAGAAGAAGGACAUGGAGGUCCUGUUCUGCUAUGAGCAGUUUGAUGAGCUGACACUCUUGCACCUUCGGGAGUUCGACAAGAAGAAGCUGAUCUCGGUGGAGACGGAUAUUGUUGUUGACCACUAUAAGGAAGAGAAGUUUGAGGAGGGCAGCACAGCUGCAGAAUGUCUGACAGAGAAGGAGGCUGAGGAUCUGAUGGCCUGGAUGAGGAAUGCCUUAGGCUCUCGAGUCACUGGUGUUAAGGUGACGAGGCGGCUGGACACGCACCCUGCCAUGAUCACUGUGCUGGAGAUGGGGGCUGCCAGGCACUUCCUGCGCAUGCAGCAGCUGGCCAAGACUCAAGAGGAGCGAGCCCAGCUCCUGCAGCCCACCCUGGAGAUCAACACAGGGCACACUCUGAUUAAGAAGCUUAACGAGCUGAAGGACAGUCAGCCUGAUCUGGCCCAGCUGUUGCUUGAUCAGAUCUAUGAGAAUGCCAUGAUAGCAGCAGGGCUGAAUGAGGAUCCCAGGCCAAUGGUGGGACGGCUGAAUGAGCUCCUCACCAGGAUCCUGGAGAAGAACUGAGCCCCAGAAGACUGAAGAGUGAACUCUGCUUGGCUCUCUUUCCUCUAGUGCAGUCACAGAAUCACACAGAAUCCCAGAGGUGGGGGUUGGAAGGGCCCUUCCUGAGCAGCCUGUGCUGGGGGUCCCUCACCUGAACACUAGUGUUUCUCCUCAUGUGCCAGUGGCAUUCCCUGUGCCUCUGCCAGCUGCUGCAGCACCUGCUCACAGGCCUGUGCAGAGGGAGGCUCCACACAGGAGGGAGGCAGGGAGAACACAGAGGACUUCAGCCCCUCGCUGCACAGGGAGGAGCCAGUGGCAAUCAUUAGAUCAUGUCUCAUCAGCCUGUUCAAAGGGCAGUGUUCUCAGUGGGAACAAAACCCAGAGCUUGCUACUACAACAAUAUGCCCAAAUUUCUGACCUGAGCCUGCAGAGCCUCAUUUCAUCCUGGUCCUAGAAGUGGUCUUUCCCAGAGCAGCUUAAGAGCCCUCCACCUCUGAGCAAGCAGGAGGAGUUUGUUGGCACAGACACAGAUCAGUGCCAUCAGCAAACGUGUUCUGUUGGUGGAAUGUGUUGGUACAAUCCCAUGGCAGAAAAGAGGCCUGAGCUGCUGGGCAAUGGAGUUCAUCCUGGCCUUGCUGUGGAGAAAGGGAAGUAACUGGGGAAACGGGUUUCCAGUGUGUGGCUUUCUGGAGAGCCUGCAGGGUUCUUGCCUCUUCUGUGGGACAAGCUGCAUGUCUAGCUGAUCUGUAUUUGUGAUAAAUAAACUCCUUUUCCAAA